AUGGAUAUCUACCUGAUGAUUUGCCAUCAGAAGACAAUGAUCUUCACUGAUACCAAAGAGACAAUAACUGUGCAUGAGUUGAAGGAGCUGGUAGAGGAAAUACCGAAGAGGCCACCAGAGGAGCAGUGGCUUUACAAAGAUCAACAGCUGCUGGAUGAUGGUGAUAAGACUUUGCUAGACUGUAGUUUAAGCAGCCAUAUUCCUCACGUACCUGCCAUAGUAGGCUUGGCUUUGUUGAAACCUGGCAAUGGCUCCUUUGAGCUAUUGUGCAUUGACCUCUUCUCAAGCAGCUGAGAGCUACCAGAUAUCAUGAGGUCACAGGACUCUGUUAGCAGCUCUACUGAGCAAGCGUUAUGCUAA